ACUUCCCUUCUCGCUGCACCGUACUUCCGGUGCCUAGCGGAAGCGGGCACCUACAGCCGCGGGCGCCGGGGUCCUAAGGCAUGGCGGGGGCGGGGCUGGGGGAGGCGCGCACGGAGCGGGCUGAGGCAUCCCUCGCCUUGGCUCUCUGAGCCCGGACCAGACAGGUGCUAGGAAUGCAGCAAGGAAUUAGACAAGAUCCCUGCUCUCUUGUAUAGGGGUACAGAUACUAAAAAGAGAUGUGAUAAUGGAUCAUCAUGUUUCCACCAUCAAGCCUAGAAGAAUCCAGAAUCAAAAUGUCAUUCAUCGCUUGGAACGCCGGCGGAUCAGUUCAGGCAAGGCAGGUACCCACUGGCACCAGGUCCGAGUAUUCCACCAGAAUGUCUUCCCCAACUUCACAGUUGUCAACGUUGAAAAGCCUCCUUGCUUCUUGCGUAAAUUCUCUCCUGAUGGACGCUACUUUAUUGCUUUUUCUUCAGACCAGACAUCUCUCGAAAUCUAUGAGUACCAGGGCUGCCAGGCAGCAGAAGACCUAUUGCAGGGAUAUGAGGGAGAGAUCCUGUCCAAUGGCAAUGAUCAGCGGUCAGUCAAUAUCCGGGGCCGGCUUUUUGAACGCUUUUUUGUCCUGCUGCACAUUACCAAUGUAGCGGCCAACGGUGAGCACCUUAACCGAGAGUGUAGCCUCUUCACUGAUGACUGUCGGUGUGUCAUUGUGGGCUCAGCUGCCUAUCUCCCGGAUGAGCCUCACCCUCCUUUUUAUGAGGUAUAUCGGAACAGUGAAUCAGUGACCCCCAACCCACGAUCCCCUCUAGAGGACUAUUCUCUCCAUAUCAUUGACCUUCAUACUGGCCGCUUAUGUGAUACGCGCACAUUCAAGUGUGAUAAAGUUGUCUUGUCACACAACCAGGGACUGUACUUAUACAAAAACAUUCUGGCCAUCUUGUCAGUGCAACAGCAGACCAUCCAUGUUUUCCAGGUGACUCCUGAAGGCACUUUCAUUGAUGUACGGACCAUUGGCCGCUUCUGCUAUGAGGAUGACCUACUUACUGUGUCAGCUGUUUUCCCUGAGGUUCAGCGAGACAGUCAGACAGGCAUGGCCAAUCCCUUUAGGGAUCCUUUCAUCAACUCUCUCAAACACAGGCUGCUGGUAUACUUGUGGCGCCGGGCAGAACAGGAUGGUAGUGCAAUGGCCAAGAGGCGCUUCUUCCAGUAUUUUGACCAACUGCGGCAGCUGCGCAUGUGGAAAAUGCAGCUUCUGGACGAAAACCAUCUGUUUAUCAAGUACACUAGUGAGGACGUAGUGACACUGCGAGUCACAGAUCCAUCACAGGCAUCUUUCUUUGUAGUGUACAAUAUGGUGACAACAGAGGUGAUUGCUGUGUUUGAGAAUACGUCAGAUGAGCUUUUGGAGCUCUUUGAGAACUUCUGUGACCUUUUUCGUAAUGCUACCCUGCACAGUGAAGUCCAGUUUCCCUGCUCAGCUUCUAGCAACAAUUUUGCAAGGCAGAUCCAACGCCGGUUCAAAGACACUAUCAUAAAUGCCAAGUAUGGAGGGCACACAGAGGCAGUACGCCGCCUGCUGGGUCAGCUCCCCAUUAGUGCUCAGUCUUACAGUGGUAGUCCCUACCUGGAUUUGUCUCUCUUCAGCUACGAUGACAAGUGGGUAUCUGUCAUGGAGCGGCCCAAGACUUGUGGAGAUCACCCUAUCAGGUUCUAUGCCCGGGACUCUGGCCUCCUCAAGUUUGAGAUCCAGGCAGGCUUGCUGGGCCGCCCCAUCAACCACACAGUGCGACGCCUUGUUGCCUUUACCUUUCAUCCUUUUGAGCCUUUUGCUAUUUCCGUGCAGAGGACUAAUGCUGAGUAUGUUGUCAACUUCCAUAUGCGACACUGCUGCACAUAGGUGCCUCACCAAAGCCAGCCUAUAUGGUCUUCCAAGUCUUUGCCACCUCUUAUCUCAGUAGAUUCUGAGACGAAAGCUCCUGACUACCGGCUUUGUUGGUUCCAGCCUGGUGUACCUCAAGUGGGAGAGAGCCAGAGAGGAGCGAGGUUGUUCAACUAAUGUAAUUUUUAUGGAAUACAAUAUUACUACUGAUUGAUUGAAAGUCCUCUUCCCUUGUCCCUAUGGGAAUGCCCAGCAUUAAUUAAGUCCAUUUCAUUUUUGCUUUUCUUUGCGUUUUAUUGCUAUGAAGAUGAAAGCAUUACACCUUUAUCCCCUUCAUAUCACUUCUUUGGCAUUAUGUUUGCAGCCGGAAGCAGGUGAAUCUUGUCUACUCAUGAGAACUAUGUAUAUUCUUUCCACUUAGUCAACAAGCAGGGCUAUCUUUAUAAGAAAGAAAAAUAAAGCCUUGGUAUUUUCUUACUUAAA